GCCGACGGACAUGCGACACAGCACCGCCUCGCAGGCCGUGGGGGAUGAGCAGCUGCCAGAAUGCCUUCGCCAUGUCGGCCGCUACCGGAGGUCACCGCGUCAGCCGCGCCAAGAGUGGGUGCCCGAUGGGAGUCCGCAAACGUACCAAGACUCCGCGCACCCUCAGCGCGCGAGAACUCAAACGUAUACGCGUACACCUUGUUGAAGUAUUGUGGCUCGGACCCGAGUCGAUCGCGCAACUUCAUCAGCGCAGCCUGCAUGGCGGGAAGCUUGUCACAGCUAGCAGGGGCAGGGUAUGUCAGCAAGGGCUAUGGAUGAGGCGGAAUGAAGGUGAGCGUACCCCAGGCGCUUCCACCCUUCGACCCAUCCGGUCUUGGCCCACGAACCGAGCCGCGGUGCCUUGAGCUCGAACGCCACCGCGAGAAGUACGACAUCCUCGGGAUCCACCCCAAGGUCAGAGCAGAGCUUGAUCGUCCCAUCCGGCCCGAUCUCAUCACUGUCAGGAUCUGCCGCGUCGUCAGCAUCGUGCUCGAGCAGAGGGACCAGCCACGCACCCUUGUACUGCUCGAACAACUCCGUGAUCUUGCUCGUCGACGCGGCCGGCUCUUUCGUACGCGCGGUGGACGCGAAGGCCUGGGGGUCGCUGUAGUAGGCGUCCACGGCAACAUCUACGCGCUUGUACUUGGCCAAGAACCGUUGCGCGUCCUUCACGCUGCAUUCGCCUGCGAUCAGCGUGUAUCGUCUCCCUCGUCGGAUCGCUCACGAUGCGCCCGUAACGCCACAGAACUGGGCCAUUGCUUCCUCCAUCUUCUUAUCUACCAUGCCUGAGGACCGGUGGGUUGUGG